AUGUUGCGGUUCACGUCCGUCUCUUCGAUUUGGCGACGCCUUGCCGCGGCACCGCCAACAGCAGCAACGGCAGCCUUUGCGAAUGUUUCCAAGCGCCAAUCUAGUAGUAACAAAGACUACUACAAAAUAUUGGGGGUCAGUCAAUCCGCCAGUCAAAGUGACAUUAAGAAGGCGUACCGCAAGCGCGCCCUCGAGACCCACCCUGAUCAAGGUGGUAAUAAAGAGGACUUUGCAGAAGUGGCAGAGGCAUACGAAUGCCUCAGUAACGAGGAGAAGCGCCGCAUUUAUGAUCAGUACGGUUCUGAAGCCGCAGCCAACAUGAACGCGGGUGGCGGCAUGGGUGGCUUUGGUGGACGUAGUGCGGAAGAUAUUUUUGCGGAGUUCUUCAAAGGUGGCAUGGGAGGUUUUGGUGGUAAUAGGUCUGCCGGCCCACCUCAGGUGCCCCCGCUGGAGGUUACAUUGAGGAUGACGUUGGAGGAGGUCUAUAAAGGUGCGUCGAAAUCCCCUCGCGUUAAUCGUCCAGUUGUUUGCUCAGAUUGCCGUGGAUUCGGAACGAAGAGUCAGAAGAAAAAACCAAAGUGUUCUGAAUGUGAUGGAAGCGGCCACGUCGUGCAGCAUCAUCGUUUUGGACCAGGUAUGGUACAGCAGACAGUGUCACAGUGCCCACGCUGUGGUGGAGCGGGUACCGUCGCAAAACCCGACGACAAGUGCCCCAAGUGCAAAGGCAUGGGCUACCGGCACCUCGUGCAAAGCGUAAGCAUUGACAUUCCCGCUGGCGUACCGCCAGACGUCACGUUGGUUGUACGAGGUGAGGGUGGCACAAUGCCUGAGGCCGAGCCCGGUGACUUACACGUGCAUGUUGAAGUCGAAGAACACAAUGUCUUCAAGCGUCGGGGAAAUGAUCUUGUGGUGGAGAGGGAUGUCACCCUUUCGGAAGCGUUGUUGGAGUUUGAUCUGUCACUGAAAACGCUUGAUGGUCGUUCAAUUACUGUGAAGUCACCAAAAAGUUCUGUGCUGCAGCCGAACAGUGUUUUGAGGGUGGCUGGUGAGGGCAUGCCGAACUCCAGUGGCGGUAAUGGAGACCUCUACAUCGUUACGAAACUCAAAUUGCCCCGUACCCUCACGGAUCAGCAAAAGGAAGCUGUCAAGAAAGCGUUUGGAGAACCAAAGAAGAAAGACCCAGACAGCGGUUCUGACAAAACUGUCACAGCAUCUGUGCUUCGAGGAGGCGUACGGGAAAUGGAGGAGGCAUUACAUAGCAACUGGGACUCAGAACGGGGAGGUGGAUCACAGCAAGGUAACGGCCGCCGCCGCAGUGGUCGUAAGCAACAUACAGCCGAGUGCGUUCAUCAGUAG